AUGGAAGGCUCUGUGUUGAGCCCCACAUCCUGGGAGAAAAGGCGGGCCUGGCUCCGUCAGAGUCGUCACUGGCAGACCCAGGUCCUGGAAGAGGAGGCUGCAGCUGCCCUGCAGGAUGUCCCAGAAACAGAACCAUCCAGCCUGGAUGAUGUUUUCCAAGAAGGGAAUCCAAUCAAUAAAAUAGAAGACUGGCUGCAGGAUUGUGGGUACUUUGAAGAAGGCUUUUCUGAGGAAGCAGGACAGUUGAUCUACAAUGGGUACUCCAGCCAUGGGACCAGUUUUGAAGAUGACUUGACCCUUGGAGCAGAGGCCACCCUGUUGGCUGCCAAUGGCAAACACUUCUCCAGAACUUUCCUGGAGACAGCCCGGCCUGGCCAGCUGCUCGAUCUCGGCUGUAGUUUGGCCUCCAGUAGCUUGACUGGUGGAACCAAUAAGACUAGUUCAAGCAUCUCAGAGAUUCUAGACAAGGUGCAAGAAGAUGCAGAAGAUGUUCUCUUCAGUCUGGGAUUUGGCCAAGAGGACCAAAAAGAUACUUCUCGAAUCCCUGCCCGAUUUUUCACCAACCCCUCUAAAGCCAAGGGUAUUGAUUUCCAGCUCUUUCUAAAGGCUCAGGUGCGGAGGAUUGAGAUGGAAGACCCCUGCCUAAUGCUGGCCAGCAGGUUUAAGCAGGUGCAAACACUGGCUGUCACUGCUGAUGCCUUCUUCUGUCUCUACUCUUAUGUAUCCAAGACACCUGUCCAAAAAUUCACACCAUCCCACAUGUUCUGGAAUUGCAACCCAACUGAUGUGCCAUUUAUUAGGAUUACAACCCCAGAGCCUGAACCCCACUCACCCAAAGAGCGUCUCCGGAAAGCCAUCUCCAAGAUGUGCCUGUACACAUGCCCCCGAGAUGAACUAUCAACACCUCAUAAUUUCCCUAAAAGGAACAGUAUGGACCAGGUGGUAUGGGAAGUGAUGGACAGAGUGAAAGGAGAGAAGAUGGUACUCCAGAAAGACCCUGAGUUUGAGACAGAACAACAGGAAGAAACUGGGCCCUCUGUCAGGGGUACAAAGUUGCCCACAAUGCUUGCAGCAUCACAAACUGAGGAUUUUAACCUUCAGGAAUCCUGUUAUCCACAUUCUCUGCCCAGAACAUAUCAACAGUGGAGCAGAAAUUCUGCACAGAUAAGGAGAAAGCUAUGGUGUCUACAGACCACCAAUGAGGCAGUACAUUCAACCAAGGAUGAGAAUUUUGGGAAGAGGAAAAGCAGAGCAAGAAAGAGCCUGUUUCAAAAGAAUCUCAUGGUCAGAGAUGUCAGGAAGGUGAAAUCAUUGGACCUGUCUGUCAUCCAGCAGAAAAGGAGGCAGAGCCCAGACACACCAGACCCUCACCAAUCUCUAACCCAACAACUACAGGACUCUUUCGACUUGGAGGAGGUGCAAAGCAACAAUGAGGAGGAAGAAAGCUGCUGGCCUGCCAGACACAGAUACCCCCACCUCUACCAAAUAUCUGCUGGCAAAGAUUCAGGAAGCUUUCUCCACCAUCACAGCAGCACUUACUCUGACAGCAGUGGCUUCACAGAGGAACUUAAUUCCCACCUCUUCUCAAAGGAGGAUGCACUGCCCUCAACAUCUAGCUUCUGCUCUCCAGCCCUCUGA